GCGGGCGGCCUGGAGGGAGGAGCUGGCCGCGGCCCGGGGAGGGCCGGCGGGUCCCCUCGCGGAGCCGCGGCGCCUUUGUCUCGGCCUCUCCGGGCGGGCCCAGCCGACAGCGGCGGCUCCGGGAGGCGGAGGGCGGGCGGGCGCGCCGAGACUACGGCCCGCGCCCUCGCUCAGUCUUUGUUGUGUGGCCCGGUGUACGGCCAACAUGGCGGAGGUCAGCCGCGCGCUUCGCGGGCCGCGGUCGGGCCUUGCCUCGGCGGCUCCGGGAGGGCGGCCUCCCCCGGACCCGCGCCUUUAUUGUGCGGGGAAGAACGCAGCCUCCUCCCUUGUUUAUGUCGCCACGAGCGAGCGCGCGGACGCCCGCCUGGGCAGCUCCAGCCUUUAAGCCUAAGCCUUGCUCCGCCCAGCUUCCUUUGCGGGAUAGUUCGGGGUCCCUCCAAGCUCCCAGAUGCAACUUAGUGUGUACGCCCUGGGCCGCUGCGGACCGUCUGUUCCUGGAAAGAUACAGAAUUUGUUUGCCCUGGCAUAAGAGUUACAUUUGUGCAUUCGAGAUGAGCCGCCAGACUGCUACAGCAUUACCCACUGGCACCUCAAAGUGUCCACCAUCCCAGAGGGUACCUGCCUUGACCGGCACAACUGCAUCCAACAAUGACUUGGCGAGUCUUUUUGAGUGUCCUGUCUGCUUUGACUAUGUGUUGCCACCUAUUCUUCAGUGUCAGAGUGGCCAUCUUGUUUGUAGCAACUGUCGCCCCAAACUUACAUGUUGUCCCACUUGCCGGGGCCCAUUGGGAUCCAUUCGCAACUUGGCUAUGGAGAAAGUGGCCAACUCAGUACUCUUCCCUUGUAAAUAUGCCUCUUCUGGAUGUGAAAUAACUCUGCCACACACCGAAAAGGCAGAGCACGAGGAGCUCUGUGAGUUCAGGCCUUACUCCUGCCCCUGCCCUGGUGCUUCCUGUAAGUGGCAAGGCUCCUUGGAUGCCGUCAUGCCCCACCUGAUGCAUCAGCACAAGUCCAUUACCACCCUGCAAGGAGAAGAUAUAGUUUUCCUUGCUACAGACAUUAACCUUCCUGGUGCUGUUGACUGGGUGAUGAUGCAGUCUUGUUUUGGCUUUCAUUUCAUGUUAGUCUUGGAGAAACAAGAAAAAUAUGAUGGUCAUCAGCAGUUCUUUGCAAUUGUACAACUGAUAGGAACACGCAAGCAAGCUGAAAAUUUUGCAUAUCGACUUGAGCUAAAUGGUCAUAGGCGGCGAUUGACUUGGGAAGCGACUCCUCGGUCUAUUCAUGAGGGAAUUGCAACAGCCAUUAUGAAUAGUGACUGCCUAGUGUUUGACACCAGCAUUGCACAGCUUUUUGCAGAAAAUGGCAAUUUAGGCAUCAAUGUAACUAUUUCCAUGUGUUGAAACGGCAAUCAAAUAUUUCUGGCCAGUGUUUAAAAUUUGCAUUUGACUUCACAGAGAAUAAGGCACCCAUCUGCUUGCCAACCUAAAACUUUCCUGGUAGGUAGAAGCUAGACAUGAAGGUAAAUAAAAAGAAAAGCUGUUAAUACAGGAAACAGUUGCAUGUAGUAACACUAAUAUAUUUAAAAAUAAUUCAACAGUAAACCACUGAAAAAAAUAUAUAUACCCAAGAUGGGCAUCUUUUGUAUUAAGAAAGGAAACAUUGUAAAAUAUUUCUGAACUUUGUGUUUGUUGUAGAUUGAUUGUAUUGUUGACAAUUUUUUGGGGGUGUGUGUCUGUGCACGCAUGCGUGCACGUGUGUGGUUGGUUUUCUUUUAACUGACAAGCCAUCUGCGUGGUCAUAGACCACUGUUUUCCCCUUGUGAGUCAACACAUAGUGCUGCUGUGGGUUUGUUUUUGUUUUUCUGUUUUGUUUUUGUUUUUUGAUGUGUGUAUUUGCUAAUUUUUAUUCUAGUUUUUCAUUAAAUAAAUUUGACUUUCUUUUCUGUAAUUCAGGUUUUUCUCACUUUUGUACCUUUUAAGUUAGUGUCUUUUUGAUAUUCAUAAUUGCUUAAUGUCAAAAGUUUGUGUUCAGUACAUACUUUCUUUUCCUUCAAUCAAUUUAUUAGAAAUAUUUUUAAUUUAGCCCUUUUGUGAAAAUAGGAAUUCCAGAAAGGCAAGGUAGCAGAGCAGCAGUCAAGGCUGAAGUGAGUGCAGGAUGCUCUUGUCUCUCUCGGUGACUGUCCCAUGGAGCCACACGUCAGGUCAGGCUGACUCUUAGAAAGGGUAGGUUAGGGAGUAAACUCUGAUUUAUAUAAAUUUAAAAAAAAAUCAGGCUUUUCCUCUCUUCAAAUGUCUGGGGCAAAUCACAUGUUUUAAUUGGUUCUUGUAUUUAUUGGUUUUGCAAAAGAGUGCAGCAUCAUACACAGUAUUUGUAAUUAAAGUAAAUCAUUUGUUUUUUUAAAAAGGCAGUUUGCAAAAAAUGUUUUUGGUCUUUUAUAAUUCUCAUUAAAAGAUUAUCUGGCAAAUUAAAAAAAUUUAAUGUGUUUACUUUAGCUUUAGGUUUUUUGUUUUGUUUUGUUUUGUUUUUUUGUUUCCCUGGAGCUGAGGACUGAAUGUAGGGCCGAGCACUUGCAAAUGCUCUACCCAUGAGCAUAUCCCCAACCCAUAAGUUUGAUAAAGUCCAAAGGCAUUUUCCUGGCCCAGUGUGUAUUUUAGAGCAGAACAUGGGUAUGCUACUGUUUGAAGUAUGUUUUAUUCUGAAUCACAAAAAAGACUGGACAUCUCUCAUUUUCAUUCCCAUAAGGACUUUAGGAAUAUGACUAAUUAAUGCUGAUCACUCUUCCUUUGUAAAGAAAAGUGAGUUGUUUUAUCAUUUCCUAGCUCCAGUUGUGGAGUAUUGACUCUGCAGUCUGAUUUUCAAGUUUCUAGGUACUAGGUUACUUCUACCCAACUUAACCAGCUGUAUGACCUUGGGCCCAGUUUCCUAAUGCAAUAAAUGGAGUUAAAUCAUUAAAUCACGGUGAGUAUGUGUAGGGUUAGAUGAAGAACAAGUACUUAACCUGAAACACUGCUUCGCAGGUCAUUAGCGUCCAACCAAUGUGGGGUCCUGGAUUUUGCCUUUAGUGUCAUGUCCCUAGGUACAUUCAUGUUCACAGCAGAAAUCUGGUCAUUGGUGAGUACCCAAAGCUUAGAAACUCAUUAAGAAUUAAUUUGGGUUUCUCCCUUAUCCUAAUUCCAAUUCUAGAUCAUAGAGUUUGGUUCUUUUAGCCAUUUUCAGUACAGGUAAGCCUUAUAUUGAGUUGGUUGUCCUGAACUUAUGUAGUUAUAUUUGGGGUAAAAGGAAUAGUUCAGCUACAGAUUACAACCAGAUUUUUACUUGUAUGACUGUUUGGAAAAGCUGUGUGUGUGUGUGUGUGUGUGUGUGUGUGUGUGUGCGCGCGCGCGCGAGUGUAAACAAGCCCUGGUUGGCCCUGAACCCUACAUCAUCUCAUCUCAGUUCCCCAGGUGCUAUGAGGACAGAUGAGUGCCACAAUGCUUGGAUGAAAAGCAACUCAGUGUCUUUAGGGGAAUGUCAUUUUGUGGUUUCACUGUAUUUUGCCUAGACUUUAAAGUCUCAAAAUGAUGUAUUCAGUGGAGAUUCAUAUAUUCUUCACUGUGAACUUAAUUAAUUUUAUAAAUAAUGUACUUUACAGUUAAUUUUACAGUUAAUGUAUGUACUUGUUCUUGUACACAUUUAUUUUCAAAGUGUUGGUUGGUUAUAUAACCCUUACCACAUGACCACCCUAGAAAUUACCUUUUUGAUAAGUCUUGAGAAAGGUUGGUCAUGGUUCACGCCUGUAGUCUAGAGCUUGGUGGCUAAGGCAUCAGAGUUUGAGAUCACCCUGCUUUUGUUCCUGGUAAGCUUUUGUUUCAAAAAUGGAAACAAAACAUGGGCUGGCGCCAGGCGUUGGUGGCGCAUACCUUUAAUCCCAGCACUUGGGAGGCAGAGGCAGGUGGAUUUCUUGAGUUUGAGGCCAGCCUGGUCUACAUACAGCGUGAGUUCCAGGACAGCCAGGGCUAUACAGAGAAACCCUGUCUCGAAAAACCAAAACACAAGACAAAACAAAACUAAAACUUGGGCUGGCUUGCCCCCCCCCCCCAUUUAUUUUGGGCUUGAACCUAGGGUCUCAUGUGUGCCCUAUGAACAAGCAUUCCACUGAGCUGAAGUCCUAGCAGAAACAUUUUGGUAACUUGACCAGUCACUGUAUUCUUAGUUAAGAUUUUGUUUUAUCCAUCAAGAUUUUUUAUUUUUGCUACAUAUAAAUUAGCCUAUACAUUCUUAGUAUCAUCUAUCAGUAUGUUUUGGGCAUUAAUAUUUUAAGUCUUGGUAUUUUCAUUGUUGCUUUCUGGAGAGGCUUCAGCAGGACCCAGCAGUAUGAAGGGUUUUGUUUACCCUCUGGCUUUGCUAGUUUUAGCAAGUGAAGGCAUAUUUUAGGUGUAUUUACCAGCAGGUAAGGUUGACAUGUUAACAUUUAUUAGCUAUUAAAUUUAAAUUUAAGUCUUCCUAUUCUUGACCCCUACAGAAGAGGAACAUAGCAACAUUAUUUGUUCCUUUGAGAUUUGGCAUAUAACAGUUAACUCUUAAGAGUGGGUAGUUUCUGUUGGCACCCUUGACUCUGGGUGUCUGAGGAAUUCUAUGGUAGGUAUACGGGCUCCCUCUUGACUUGGUUCUUUUGCUUUUAAUCCUGUGUGUGUUGCUCAGGAGCCAGCUAGGGUUUCCCACGCUGCAGCCUCAGCUCUUAAUCUUGAAUUUGUCAUGUUGAAUUGAGUCCUGGGCCACUUUAGUGUGUAUCAGUGGCCAUGGCUGUUUCCUUUUGCUUUAAUUUUUAAAAACUGUUGUCUAUAACUGUGUAUAUAAAGGCUCACAUUUAUGAAGUAUACACUUAGAUGAGUUUAGUUCAGAAAAAGUGACAGUCAUUCCUCAUUUCCUGUCCUCAAAGAAUUCUAGAGCUCUUUAAACUCAGCAACAUCUGCAAUGAUAAAUAAAUAAAAUGUAGAAUUUUUACUCAGAUUCCUGAGAGGAAAUUCUGGUAAGUAAUCCAGAUUUAAGAUCAAAAAGUGGGCUGGAGAGAGAAUUCUGGCUGAGAGCACUGGCUGCUCUUCAAAGGACCUGGGUUCAGUUUCUAACACCCAUGUGGUGCCUUAUCAUUUCAAAGUCCAGUUCCAGGAGAUCUGAUGCUUUCUGGCCUCCAGAGGGCACUAGGCAUGCACAUGGUACAUAAAUAUACUUGCAGAUAAAACACUUAUACCCAUAAAAAAUGAAAGCUAAUUGUUGAAAAUUAUAAAAAAACCAAAAACCACCCGUGCCCAGCCCAACACUGGAUCAAACUAAGCACACCUGGGGUCAGUUAGUGAUCUAGAUGGGUAAGAGUCAGAAGGGCAGAGUGAGCAGAGGGUUUACUCCUUACAGGGCUGUCACUAUUUGUAUACAUGAUCCUAAAAACGGUAGCCCAAACCAGCACUUGGGAGACUGUAGGAGGAUCAUAAUAUACCACUGCAUAGGCAGUUAAGAAGCCUGCCUGGGCUGCUCAGGAAGACCCGGCCCCAAAAGAGAAGUUAUGCAUAGUGUCAUAGAAGCCUGUAGGACUAAGCACUGUUCCACGGUGGGUAUGGGUGCAAAACACAAAGGCGUUCUCAGUGUCCUACCGGUUAAGCUAGUUCUAUCAUUUGCCAAAAGAGACAUUUAUCAGGCUGGCAUCACUCAGACAGUAUUUAGAUUUUAUACUGAACAUUAUAGUAUAUCAAGUGAAUUUUUAUUGUCAUUGACCUUUUCCCCCUAAAAUUAAAAUUCUUUUUUUUUAAACCAAGCCACAGUCUUGGUAGUGCAGCCUUGCAGCACUGGCUGGCUUGGAACUUGAUAAGUAAGAACUUGGACUCACAGAGAUUGGUAGGGAUUAGAACCGUGACCAACUCAUCUGUUUUGUCUUUUGUUGUGUUUGUUUUGUUUUUUAAUAAAGAAUAAUUUUCAUCGUAAGGCACAGUACAUUUUACUACAGCAAAGAAAUGAGCGUUACUGUUGGACCUUGAUCAUCAAAUUGGAGACUGACUCUGCUUUUCUUGUCUAAGGAGCUUCUAGGUGCUCUCAUGGGAAAGGGCUCACACAGUAGUUUCUCCUUUGGUUAAAAUAAUGUGAUUUUGAACAUGUUAUUUCAAUAAACAAAACAAGUCAAUAAUCCCAGCUGAAUUUUACAUUGGAAGAAUUGUCAAAAUUAACACUUGCAUGACUUACUAGUAGAGUUUAUUUCAUGGAAGUGUCUUAUAGGAGGAGAUACUAAAUGCUUUUGCCCUCACUCAGCCUGACUUGAGUUGGUUUUGGUGGAGGACAUGUUGUGUCUGGACAUGAAGCAUCCUCCACAAUGUCUGGUGUCAGAGUCUCGGCCUCCAAUGGUAGUACUGAAAAGUGGAUGACUGACGAACGUCACUGAUUCCGAGUCUUCAUCAGUGGAUGUGUGUUGGGGGAGGGAGGGCUAGUUGGAGGAAGUUACAUUGCUGGGGGAUGCAUUUUGGAAGGCCGUGUCUUGUCUGCAUCUUCCUCACUGGCUCUUCUGCCUUUGCUGCUGUGAGGAGGUGAACAGCUUUACUCUGGCAUGCCCUCCCUUUCCACUAGUAUUCUGCUUCAGCCCAAGCCCACGGCCACAGUGCAGCUUUGUAUGGGAACCUGAAACUACAAGCCCAAAGAAGUCUUUUUUCUCAGGUAUUCUGUCACAGCCAUGAAAAGUAUUGGAAAUUAAUGGUAGACAUCACUAACCACUGUGCCUAGAUGAGAAUCAGAACGUACUGUAGCUCAAGUGGCUACUCUGUUGGGAGUUGGCACUGCAAAUGAGAUUCUUUGUGUCCCCAGGUAUGAAGAGGAUGUUGUGGUAUGACCAGGAAACAGAGUGGUUUUGUGUUUUAGAGAUUGAAGUUGUGACCUCCCCAGUGUUAAGCAAGUAUUCUACUGAGCUAUACUUCUAGUCUAGAAUGCAAAUUUUAGUUGCUCUCAGGGAAGAGGAAAGAAAAAUCAUAUUUUAGUACACACACUAGCCUGUUUUUUAGAUUCAUGUACAUUUUAUAUCAUUCAUAAUUUAUCAUAAUCUAGUAUAUCCAUAACUUUAUCUCUAGACACUGAUUUACUAAUUGGUAUUAAAUAUUUUAAGAACAAAUAAAAAGGCAUUUACCCCUAAAUUUUGCAUAUAACGUAUUAUGUGACUCAGGAAUUCAGAGUCUUUGUAGUUUGUAGAAAAGUCUAGAGGAAUAAUAAAUGGGCAGAACCAAUUGAAACUAACCUAUAAAGUUGAUAACCAAGGUACACAGCUUCCCUCAGCUUUGAUACCUGAAAAUUUCUGUGCAUGUGAGAAUGCCAGCUGUGCAUGUGAGAAUGUAGCUGGGGUUGAGGUGUAGUGUAGUUCAGUGUUUGGGGCAUAUUCAAGGCCCUAUAUUUAAUCCCAAGUACCAUCCUACACAAACACACACACCCCUCAGAAAGCUGGACAGAAUUAUUGUAUAUCAUUUGCUUGGGGUUUGAUCUGCAGGCAGAAGUCCCAGAUUAAUCAAUCAGUUGGUAAGUUGAAUGGUGAGGUCCAUGUGCUCCUGCUUCCAAGAUGGCGCCUCAGUGCUAGCCUCCUGGUGGAGGAGUACACAGGCAGAGUAGCUAGCUAGUUUUCUUGGACCCUUUCCUAUUGAGUGUGGAAUACUUGUUAGGCCAUUCUGAUCACAGCACCACCAGAGAAGUUCUACUGGGCACACAUCCCAAAAUAAUUAGAAAAGCAGGGAUUUGUAUAUUCCUGUUUAUAACCAACAGUCACAAAACAAAAGAUGAAUGGAUAAAAUUUGCCAUAUGUAUAUAGUGGAUUGUUCAACCAUAAAAGGCAAAUUUGAUACAUGGUAUUGGGAUAAACCUGACACUUGGUGAGAUGUUAGACAUGAGAAAACAUGCUGUCACUCUCUACAGCACUUAGGAGAGUGAAGAGUGGUUGCCAGGUCUGGAAUCGAGGGAAUGAGUUUAGUUUUUUUGAUUGUGCUGAAAAAGUCAUGGACAGUGGGAAUAAUGAAUGUCACAGAUGUCCCUGAAUUAGAUACUUGUAAGUGGUAAAUCUUUGGACAUUUUCUCCAUUCAAAAACUCCUUCCUAAUAAACCAAAAACAGUGUUAGAAAAACAAAAAUCUUACUGGCAAACCUCAAAUGGGCACCUUUAGAAACAAAAGAUGGGCUGGAGAGAUGGCUCACCAAAUGAGUGCUUGCUGAAGAUCCAAAUUCAGUUCCCAGUUCCCAAACCAGGCAGCUCAGAAGCACUCGCAACUCCAGCUCCAGGGGAUGCCUCCCGCAGGGGAUGCACACACACAAAGAUGACCACACAGAAGAAAAGCAAGACACAAAGACUGACUUAAGCCAGCACAGAAGAUGCCCUGUGACGUUUCCUAAGUAUUUAGAAGGCCAGUGCUGAGGUCUAGGACCCCAAAAACCCCAAGCCUUAACAGAUGUUUUUUGUUGCCACCUCAGGCAGGGAGGAGGCAGAGCUGGGUGUGGAGACUUCCUGGCUGGAGGCUGUCAAUUGUUUCUUCACUCCCUGUGUAAGAUUUCACUCCCCUGAAUCGGCAGCAUUACUGAGGCUGAUACCUCACUAAGGGUUGUGAAUGUCUUUCCAGUGCCCCAAGUAGUCUUGGAUCUGACAUUUCCUCCAGAGGUUUUAUUAGCAGGCCUGACAGGAGUUCAGGUAACUUGCAGACCCCAUUCUCAUCCAAGAAGUAUCAAAAAAUAUUUUUAUAUUAUCUCUUAGGUUUUGUAAUGUAAGGUUCUGACUCUAGAAUUAAAAUUGCAUUUAUGUUGGAUUCUUGUCGAAUCAGCAAUAUCAGCAAUACUACUAAACUUUUUUUUUCUUUUCUGUAUAGCUCUGGCUAUACUCACUUUGUAGACCAGGCUGGCCUCGAACUCAGAAAUCUGCCUGCCUCUGCCUCCCGAGUGCUGGGAUUAAAGGCGUGCGCCACCACGCCCGGCUUGACUACUAAACUAUUAUUUCACACAUGAACAUGUUAGAAACUGGGUUCAGAAAUCUAGUAAGCAUAAGGGGCUGCCUUCAUCUUAUGGUACCUUGGACACAUCAUCCUAUGGUCACAGGACAGGACAGGCAUGGGAAGUUGACAUGCUUGGAAUUUAGCAUAAAUAAGUAGAAGGGGGAGCAGGAAGGAGGAUUCUGAGUUUAGGGGCCUUCCUAGAACAUACAGCUUUUUGGGGGGGGAGGGGGCUGUACUUUGAGAUUACAGGCACCCAAAGCUCUUGUGAUGCUGUAAUGACUGCCAGCGCAUGCCCGUCCCAUAUAAUUAAUGUUCUCAUUGCUGCUUCCCUUAGCCUAAGACUCAUGUGCAGUCUCAUCCUAGACCCCUUUAACACAAACACAAGGUUAGUUGCCUAGAGUUUUGUUUUUGCUAGUUUCCCUUCCAAGUGAUUGGUUCCAGGAUCAGAUAAAAUCUACAUCUAAGUCUCCAUAGCUAAGAGUGUAUGCCAGCUGGUUUUUGUCUGACACAGCGUUUCCCUAUGUAGUCCUGGAACUUGCUGUGUAAAGACUAGGCUGGCCUUGAUCAAGAGAACCACCUGCCUCUGCUUCUCUCCUCGUUCGGGUGCCUGUGCCACGCCUAGCUCACUCAGUUAUUAAACACACCAGGCACACUGGUGAGAGGGGUUCCUGGCUCUCCACUUUAUACCGGAGGGAGUUGGAUUCAGGUUUAUAGUGGGCCUAAACAUUUCUAAAAAGUUGUUCUAGGACCACAGAGUACCUCUGUCUUUCCCAGGGAUACCAAACCCACUGGAGACCAGAAUUCUAGGUUUAAUGACUUUAUUAAGCCAACAUUUCUGUAAUAAACAACUACUUAAACAGACUCAUUGCUAUCUUGAUUAUAUCCACAGAUUAGGGAUAUUUUGCUUGAUCAUUUGGUGCCUCAAACAAGCUUUGCCUCAUAAUUAAAUUCAGCUUAUGUUCGGGCCUAUAGUUUGCUGUCAAUGAGACCAGGUCUGGUCUUGACAGGAAAGCCACCAUCAAAAGCUGCAUUUAGAACUUCAUCCAGGCAGCUUGCUGUAACAAAACUUAGAUCCUGUCUGACGUUGCUUGGGAUCUCUUCAAGGUCCUUUUCGUUCCUCUGCGGAAUUAUGAUCUGCUUCAGUCCUGCUCGGUGUGCUGCUAGGACUUUGUCUUUAAUUCCACCCACCUGCCAGGCAAAAGAAGACAACUCUCAAGGUUCAUGUUCACUGCCGAGCGCAUCUACCUUUUACUGAACCAUCACUGACUUAGACAUUCAGCCCACCUCCCACCUUGGGAUAGUAUGAGCUGGGAGGCCACUGAAAAGCUUAAUGGUAACCUAUAUUAAAACCUUUUAAGGAGAGAACCUGUAACCUCGAUGGCUAUGGAUAGUUUUAAUUGUCAUUUGCAGCCUUGUGUUUAGGUUGAUUGUGCUUGGUUCUACUAUUCCUAGCUAGAAGAAAGAAGUCUGAAGAUUUUACCAUAAAGAAAUGACAAAUGGAGGAAAUAUACAUGCUGAUUUAAAUGUUAUGCAAUGUGUACAUGCAUUGAACAUCAUGCUAUCUCAAUACAUACCAUUUUUGUUUUUACAAAAUAAAGAUUUUUAAGUUAACCAAA